AUGUCGCUUAGCUCCGUUUUAUCCCAGGCCAAACGCACUGGCCAUGCGUUUACUGCGUUUGCCCAGAGAGGAGCUGUGGGAAGACUCACUAAAAAUCGGAGAUUUGAAAAUGAAAAGUGCCGCGACAGGCACAUGUGCUUACCAGUGGCUCCUCAGUGCCCAUGGUCGAGUCUUUCUCCAUGCCAAAGGCAGCAAGAGCUGAAGCACUGCCGUCACUGGAGGCAGCAUCAACUCGAGUGCGCUGAAUUUCAGCCUCCACUUACUAGAAAAUUCAAAGGGUCUGCAUCCUCCUCAAACUGUAGUGCUGGACCCAAAGGAGACAACAUUUAUGAAUGGAGGUCGACCAUACUGGGACCUCCAGGGUCUGUAUAUGAAGGUGGAGUUUUCUUCCUUGACAUUACCUUUUCACCGGACUAUCCUUUUAAACCACCCAAGGUAACGUUUCGGACAAGAAUCUACCAUUGUAAUAUUAACAGCCAAGGCGUCAUCUGCCUGGACAUUUUAAAAGACAACUGGAGUCCAGCAUUAACCAUUUCUAAAGUUCUCCUCUCCAUCUGCUCCCUUCUCACAGACUGCAACCCGGCUGACCCCCUGGUUGGAAGUAUUGCCACUCAGUAUAUGACUAACAGAGCAGAGCAUGACAGAAUGGCCAGACAGUGGACCAAGCGAUACGCUACAUAGGAAUCUCCUCUAGAAUAUGCUGGACCUGUGCAAGCACAUUCACUAAGUGCAUCAAUAGCCCUUCCCUUCAUUCUUAUUUUUUAUUAAAUUUUGAACCAUUUUGUGACAAAAAAAUGUCCUUACUUUCCUUUUUUAUUUUUAUUUUUAUUUGUUUUGUUUUGUUCUGUUAACUUGAAAGCUGUUUCCCUCAAGUGUAGACAGGGGAUUUUGGUUAUCAGUGCAAAGAAUGUUGGAUCUGUAAUAGUAUAGAGCUUUGUCACAAAGCUUUGUAUUAAUGUGUGUUUUUUUUUCUUUCAUGUGGUUUUGGGGAAAACAAACAAAUUCAGAAUUAUAUCUCGUUUCUACUUAAAUGUAGUGUUUAGGGUUAUUUUUUUGUACUGAAGUCUUUAAUGGUGGGUGCAUGCUACUGGGAACAAGUUUUGUAUAAAAGCUUAAAAUCAAGAAUCACUGUGCAUUACUAAGACUGUGUUUAUCACUAGCCUUCUGUUUCCCACACAAAAGGCUAUUGCGUUGAACAAAUUAAUAUGUAUUUUGAUUUACUUAAAAAAAAAAGUGCUUGUAAAUUUCUUAGGGACCUGCCACUUUUGACUGUGGAUCAGUUGAUGUACACUUGUAUUAUUAAAGCACUCAAUAAAACACUGUGGCUGAUAAAUGCA